GCUCUGACCUCCUGAUGCACGUCCACAGGUGAAAGCGUCCUCGUGUUUAUUCAAAUCACCGCGCGCUCCAUCCCCUCUAUCCAGCGAGUUUACUGUCUCAACUGUGUCCAGUCUGCGCCCUGGCUCUGUCCAAGUUCCAAACGCGUCUUUACGCACGCUCCAACGAACAGAACGCACGGGACUGGACCUGUAUGACUCGAGAAUGAGCAGCUAACGUGGACACAGGGAGGACAUGCGCACGGUGUCAUUCGGGUUCCUUCCUUAGACCCACCAAACUCAUCACUGUGGUCACCUGCUCGUCCGUCUUCCUGAUGCCUCACCAUGAACCUCUACAGUGACGUGACAUUUACUCAUUAUGACCUCACUUCUUCCUCUGGCAAUGAUGUCAUUUACCCUCCAUCUGCGCUCACUCCUCCCCCUAUCCCUGCCCCUUUUCCGACCACCCAACCAGCGGAGCAUCACCAAAACCCCUAUCAAACAGACCAAUCAGAACUCUGCAAUAGUCACGCCAACCCUGUGUCAUCUGCAACUGUUAACGAUCAACCUGCCCACCACCCCACACUGGUCCAAUCAGAGAGCUUGAACAUUACAGAAAAUGCAAACUAUUUCCUGUCGACUGACCCAGUGGACCAAUCGGAUGUCUCUAGCCCUCCCCGCCUGUCCAUCGUGUCGUCGCAGAGCCCGGAUCUCGAGUGUUCAAUCUGCUUCAGUCAGUUUAACAAUGCCUUCCGCUGCCCGAAGAUGCUGCAGUGCGGUCACACGUUUUGCCUGGAGUGUUUGGCGAGGAUGAACGUGAAAUCUCCGGAGCCGAGCGCCCUGCUGUGCCCGCUCUGCCGCGCCUUCACGCCUCUGCCUACCCUGGGACUACCCAGGCUCAGCAACGACACGAGCGUGCUCUCCUGCCUCCCCAGCUCCAUGCAGAGAGUCUACAGCGUCCGAUUCGUGAGGAACAAGGGCCGGCUGCAACUCAAGAGGCCAGACGCCACUCUGACCCAAAGCAUGCGCCGAUCUGUGGACGUGGGGCUGCCCAGUCCGGUCCCCAGAGACUCAGUGGGCAGGACCAGAGGCGGAAUGGGUGGGGCUCUGUUCAGAUUGACAGGUCGUCCAGCCUGUCGGGCCGUCCUCCUCAUGACUGUCAUUUCCAUGAUCGUCCUCCUCACUGCCAUCGUCGUCUAUCUGCUCACCCACUUCAGGACCUAAACACCGUGAUAUCACCUGUCCCACCCACACCACCCCAGACAUGUGUCCUCCAUUUAGUUGGCACGUGCCAAAAUCCCCUAUAAUGCAUCAGGAUUGACUGGAAAAGAAAGGUGCAUGGACUUGCAUAUCCCCACUGCAGAAGAGUCACAUGACAUCAAGAUGAGGUCACUAUAAUGUAUAAUAUGAAAAAUCUAAGGUAAAUUUUAUGAAAUAAUUUGUCUUUGGAUCUAUUAUAAUUUUUGACAGGAUUUUUAAAAUGUUCUCAUUUUAAAAAGAGUAUCUAGGUGUUUCAGCCCACGUAGAAAUUUAACCUAGCGUGCAAGGUACCAUGGAUCAUGUUAGACAUUCAAUAUUAUUCAUUCAGGUUGACUCAAAAUGGCGGACCACAUGACGCAGAUCUGGUAGUGACAUCCAAUUGACAUGCCAUGACCGAUAUAAACUUGUAAAUUCAAACCAUUUUGAAUGUCAAAUAUUUUUCUGCAGACAGUAUACGUCUGCUCUACCAGAUCUGCGUCAUCAUCAUUGUGUCACUUCCUGUUUUAUGUCAAUAACAAAGAUGGCGCACAGAGGAGCCAUUUUGAAAACCAAACUAUGGACUUGUUGAGUUGUGGCUUGUCAUUCAAAUCAGAUGCAAAGUCAGAACCAGUUACUUUUUCCAUAUUUCCAUGUUCCACAAACAGAGGGGAUGAUGCAAAUAUGAGUCAGUUAUUUUAGCCCCGAAUGCUAUGACAUAAACCCAUGUUUUAAUGUUUGACUGUUUUGUUUGUUUUUUUUGUCACUGAAGGCACUUUAUAACCCAUUUUAGAUUUAAUAGUUUUUGUUUAUAUUCUGAUGUAAAGUAGAACUUUUAUAUAUUUAAGAGACUGUUUUAGGAUGUUUUGAAUAAAUAAAUGCUGUACUGUUUCAUUUGUACGUUGA